AAAAACCGGUGCUCUGUUGUUGAUCAGUUUGUUCUAUUUGUCUCUAUUGCCUAAUGCCUCCAAUUUUUAUCUGAAUACGAAGCCUGGCUCUUAGUACAUGUUUAGUGUCUUUAAAAUCUGAGUGAAAGUCAAUGGACUUUCUCAAUUUCGUCUCAUGUCAUUGGUUAGCAAGCUGUGCUGCACGCUUACAUGCAUUGCAUUCUAUUGAGUGUUAUAAGCUGUAUCAUUUGAAACCCUUGUUGUGGCUUUGACGGUGGUGCUUCCUUUUCUAUAGCAGUUGCUUAGUUUCAGGAUGCUCUUUUAGGCUUAGUGAUGACCUAUGUACUUAGCAGAAGCAGAAGAGUAGUAGGCUUACAAGAGUAUAUUUCUCACAUGUUCAAUUUACCACUUUGGCAUGCUUUCAUGGAUAUGCCCAUUGGCCGCAUUCAGUUAGUGAUAGUUUGACAUAAACGACGAGAUCCCCUAAAGUGUUAGCUUACUCUUUUUACGUCUAUGUUGACUGAAUAUGUUAACUUUCAAAUUGAUAUGUAGUUACUCUAUUCAAGUAAUAAAGUUCAAAGCAUGGGAUCGUUAACUUCCAUAACUUUUACAAAUGCUAUGAAUUUGUUAAUAGUAGUUGUGCGAAGAUGAUUGCAGAGGCAAUCCAUAUUACAGAUAAGGGAGAACAGCCCGUCAGAUGUUCACCUACUUAACUUCGAUUAGUUAUUGUUUGGGUCUUUUUUGAGCAUUUUAGGCGAAGGGUUGGAUUGUACAAUCAGUAUAUGUGCCCGGAAGUGAGUUAUCUCCAUGGUUUGUGAAGGGGAUAGAAUCAAUAAAAGUUGCAAUUCUAUUUCGCAAAGUAGAAGUUUAGUUCCUAAACUAGGACUUUUUACUUGUCUCUUAUAAGCCCACUGCUUUGUUUGAAGUUUGAUCACUCUCAUUCAGCAUGCCAGAACCUCAACUUCUCGUGGACGAGUUCGUCUCCCAGCUUCGGAAACGAUGGGCUUUUUUCCUGAACGAGCUACUCUCGUGAUCCUGGGCAUCCAACUGAAUGAAUUGUACGAUUGGCAUGGUUUAUGGGUUAACAGCAGAGUUGCUUCGGACUGCCAUAUCUCAACUGAGGGCCGCUGAGGCUCAUGUUCUUGUUGAAACUGUGAGAAAGUUGGGCAAGGAGUUAAUUGCUGCUGAUCCCGUUGAGCUUUCUGUGGGGAACACUGUAAGGAGGGUGUUGCGGAUCAUUAGAGAUGAAGACGUGUCUGGAGUAACAGAUGGUUUGCCAUCCGAUGGGGAUAACAAAGAGACAGCUGAUUACACGGAUGGUCAAGAUUCAAGUGCUGAUGUUUUGGCUACUAGAAGGUUAUUGCAAGCUCCUUCACUGCACCGUUUACUUGACCGUGCACCUAUGGACGAUAUGGAAGGCAAAAGGAAAGCUGCUGAUAGGAAUGCAAAAGCCUGGAGGUUGAAGCGUAGCGUGAUGGAGACAAUUAAUGAGCUUGUUGAAGAGAUAAGUAGUUGCCGCCAACAGAUUGCAGAGCGAGCAUUAGAGUUCAUUCAUCACAACGAGGUGAUACUAACUUUAGGACAGUCAAAAACCGUGGUGGAGUUUUUAUGUACCGCGAAGAAGAAAAGAUCAUUCAGGGUUUACGUUGCUGAAGGAGCUCCCAAGUACCAAGGACACUGCUUUGCGAAGGAUCUAUCUGCAGAAGGUUUUAAGACCACUUUGAUCACAGAUUCUGCAGUAUUUGCCAUGAUUUCACGGGUGAACAUGGUUGUGGUCGGAGCUCAUACUGUGAUGGCCAAUGGUGGGAUCAUAGGUCCAGUUGGGUUGAACAUGCUCGCACUUGCAGCCAAACAACAUGGUGUUCCAUUCGUUGUAGUUGCCGCCACUCACAAAUUAUGCCCUUUGUACCCAGAAAACCCAGUAGUUCGGUUGAAUGAACUCAAGUCGCCAUCUGAUCUCCUCCAGUUUGGAGAAUUCUCAGAAUGAAUGGAACUAGCACCCGAUAGCAGCGCUUGUGUGCUGAACGUCGUAAACCCUGCGUUCGAUUACGUUCCACCACAGCUCAUCAAGCUUUUCAUUACAGACAUAGGCGGACACAACCCGUCGUUCAUGUACAGGUUGAUUGCUGACUACUACUCUGCCGAGGAUCUCAUCCUCUGAAAAAUUAGUAAAUUGUCAACAGCUCAAGCCGUCGAAACAAAGGCGAUCGAUCUUCUGCACUCGAUUUGAAGAAUUAGAACAGUUUUGCCGCCUAGAUUCAAUUCACUGGAAACAAGAACUGAACUUUGAUACAUUGGAUUUUGUUGACAAGAAACAUAUUGAAUGUAAUGGGAAACCUUGACAUUUCAUACAGAAGAGAAUAUGGAAAGAAUCUACUACUGAAAGUUUUCAAGAAAAGGAACUUUCUUAUUGGGAUCUUUACACCUUGCGAAGAUCAACGCCGGCCGUCGACUCCAUUCUUCCCGACGGUCUUCAAAGCAUUAGUGGAGAGUCGAAGCUUGACGGAAUCGAGCUUGCCCUGUCUCCUUCCCACCAAACCUUCUUGUACAGCAAGUUUACACGAACUCGGCUUCAAUCCCAAUUCCAUUUUCUCUCCAGCAUUUCUCUGUUUCUCUUCACAUCCGAAUCCAGCGGGCAAGCUGAGUAGGGUUCACAAUCCCGGGAAUGUGGGCACGUUCCGUCUUCAAUAAGCUCGCCACCUCCGCAUAGCUCUUCUCCUCGUCUUCCUUGUUCUUCUUCCUCCCCUCCUCGGCGGCCGGUACUGCUCCGCCUUUCCUGAUUCUCGACGGCAGCGCGAGAGGCACCGCCGCAUCCGUCGACUUCGCCGGAUCGAACUUCUCCCCGAGAAUCGUCCCUCUCGUUAGGAACUCGUAAGCAAAGUACCCGGCCAGUAGCCCGUUGUUGUUGGAUGAAGUAUUCGGCAUCGUCGACGGCGGCGGCUUGUGGAGGUAGUCGAGCCGAGCCGAUGGUUUGGCAGCUGGAUAAAACGCUGGCGUUGAUUCUCUGUCUUUUCGCUUCCUAGACUCGCCAGGUGGCAGCAUCUUAAGGAUCGGAUUUGUAGGCUGGGGGGAAAGAACAAGAAACCGGUAUAAUUGGAAAGCGAAGGGGGAGAGAGAGAGAGAGAGAGAGAGGGUAUUUAUGAGCAGAAUAAUAAAAACGGGAACCAAAUCGGAGGAACUCGCCGGCGGCGGCGGUCGGAGCUAACGAAUCGGGAAUCUUGGAAUUGCCGGGGAGAAAUUGGGGCGGGAGAGAAGGGGGAAGAAGAGGAGAUUGGAGUGGGCGCAAGGAGGAGGAGGAAGAAGAACGCAGAGGAAAGGAAAAAUGGGG